AUGCCCUUUAACCCGACGCCCAGCGACUUGUCGAAGCGCCGACGCUUCCAACCUCCUAUCACCACGUUCUUCACCUCUGCCUCGGAGCCAGUGUCUUCAGAUACACCUGCAGUGUCACACCACCAUCAUUACGCCGCAGAGACCUUCUCUGCCCACCCCGUUGUGCCCGCCAAAGUUCAGUCCUCACUUCUGUCCGUCGGAAUGCGGGUCCGGAAAUCUGUCGCAGACGGAUAUAGAACCCACAUGUCCAAGACAGAAGAAAAGGCCCCACUUCCUGCAGUUGCUCAGACCCCUCGCGCUCAACCCUACUAUGGCAGCAGACGCUCCGAGCUGCCGCCAUUUUCUGGCGCUGGUAAAUCCUCCUUCAGCCACGAUGACUACCUCGUCACCGACGAUGGCGACGCAUACUCGAUCCCACCAAGCAGCCAAGACUCGGAUUUGUCGUUUGCCUUGGGUGGUCAGAAGCGGGCUUUGGAAUUAGAUGGCGAUAUUCUUGUCGAUGAGGAUGUCGACGAAUCAGUCAACAAUUUCGGUGGAUCCUGGCGCGAGAACUCAUACGGACGAACUAUCCUGUCCCCGAAUUUGGGCCAGAGUCGCCGCAUUCUUGCUGUGCGUCACAGCAAGAUUGAGCAGCCUACCAUGGAUAUGGACGAUUUUGAAGAGGCUACCUUCCUCCGCCGCCGCGAGGAAGUUGAUGCAGAGGAUGUGCGGAUGUACGGUGCUUGA